UCACUUCCAAGUACUGGCUUUGCAGACAAAGAGUUUUCCUCUGUGGACAUGGAGUUGGACAAUCGUACCAUCCUGACUGAAUUCAUCCUUGUGGGCUUCUCAGCAGACCCCCACUGGCAGCUGACUCUAUUUGGAAUAUUUCUAACCAUCUACUUGUUGACAUUGUCAGGGAACAUGUUGCUGGUUGUUUUAAUCCGAAUUGAUUCUAGACUGCAUACACCUAUGUACUUUUUCAUCAGCAAUCUGUCAUUUUUGGAUUUCUGGUAUACUUCUGUAUAUACCCCCAAAAUAUUGGCCACUUGUAUCUCAGAAGACAAACGCAUUUCCUUGGCUGGAUGUGGGGCUCAGCUGUUCUUCUCCUGUGUUGUAGCAUACACUGAGUGCUACCUGCUGGCAGCCAUGGCUUAUGACCGACAUUCUGCAAUUUGUAGUCCAUUGAUCUAUUCAAGCAUCAUGUCAUCUUCUCUCUGUACUGGGCUAGUAGCUGGGUGUUACAUAGGGGGGGUUUUGAAUGCCAUAGCCCAUACUGCAAACACCUUCCGGCUAACUUUCUGUGGUAAAAAUAUUAUUGACCACUUUUUCUGUGAUGCACCACCCUUGGUAAAAAUGUCCUGUACAGAUACCCGUGUCUAUGAAAAAGUCCUCCUGGGUGUGGUGGGCUUCACGGUACUCUCCAGCAUUCUUGCCAUCCUCAUUUCCUACUUCAACAUCCUGCUGGCUAUCUUGAGGAUCCGCUCAGCCUCAGGAAGACGUAAAGCUUUCUCUACCUGUGCCUCUCACCUGGUCUCUGUCAUGCUGUUCUAUGGUUCCUUGCUUUUCAUGUAUUCAAGGCCUAGUUCAACCUACUCUCUAGAAAAGGACAAAGUGGCUGCCCUCUUCUAUACUGUAGUCAACCCAUUGCUCAACCCUCUCAUCUAUAGCCUAAGAAACAAAGAUGUCAAAGAUGCCUUCAGAAAAGCAACACAGACAAUACGACCACACACAUGA